AUGGUUUCCCGGUUGAACAGUCUGCAAAUUGAGCCUACUUGUACAGAUGAUAUGGAGAUCUGGAUUCUUGGGAGUGGCAUCGCCUCGCUCACAUCAGCAGUUCACUUGAUCAAGGAUGCUAAGAUUGCACCAUCACGAAUCCACAUCAUUGAGAGGCUAGAGAAAGCUGGAGGAGGGUCAGCCAGCACGGGAGAUCCAAUCAAUGGGUACGACUAUCGCGCCGGCGCGAUGCCCGCGUUCAAUAAUAUUUACAUGGAGAAGCUUCUAUCCAUUGUGCCUUCGAAGUCAAACCCGAAGAGGACCACAUUGGACGACAUUUGCGAGUUUAGCCGCUCAAAACCACCUCAUAAAAGCCCGAAUACCCGAAUCCUCUCACGAAAAGCCUCCGGAUUAGCAAGGACUGGCCCGAAUCAAAUGGGAGUAGGAUUGAGGGACCGCAUAGCUUUGUAUAUGCUGUCCUCAAAGACGGAAAAGGCCCUUGGACGAUCUCGUAUCCAGGAUCACUUUCACGCGAACUUUUUUCAAAGCAAUUAUUGGUUAAUACUGUCUACCACUUUCGGCUUCGGACCAUGUCAUAGCGCCGCCGAGUUCCGUCGAUAUGUCCAUUGGUUCAAAAACGGCAAACACGAAUUGAACCAUCUACGGCCGCUCGACAAUGGGCAGUAUAACCGCCACGAAUCCAUCAUAGUACCAGUCGCUCAGUUUCUUCGGUCCCGUGGAGUAGACUUUCGCUUCGGCACCACUGUUACAGAUAUCAUCCUUGAGCCCGGAUCCAAUGGACGUGUUUCCUCUAUUCGUGCAACGAAAGGCAACAGCCCGGAGAUGACCAUCGAUGUCGGACUCAACGAUGUUGUGAUUGUAUCCUUAGGCUCCGUGAUAUCUGGCGCAACAAGCGGAACAAAUACCGAGCCUCCAUACCUCGAAAUCAGGUGUCCUGAGAAAGACCUGGAUGAAAACUGGCUGUUGUGGCUAGAGUUAUCGACAAAAGACACGAAAUUCGGUAACGCGUACAACUUCUGCACGCGGAUGGGCGAGUCCAGACAGGAGUCGUUCACGGUGACCCUCAAGAGCCCAGAGUUCUUCGACCGCUUUGUCGAGUUGACCGGCGACGCCCCAGGGUCCGGUGUAUUCGUCACUCUUAAAGAUAGCCCUUGGUUGCUCAGUCUUAAAAUCCCGGAUCAACCUAUGUUUCCUGAUCAGCCGGCCGACAUUCAGGUGUUCUGGGGUUUUGCAGAGUUCCCGGAACGAAAAGGAAACUUUAUAGAGAAACCCAUGCUCGAGUGCUCGGGCAAGGAGAUCAUGACGGAGAUUUUGUACAAUCUGCAAUUCCCGCUGCAGCCAAUCCUCAACGACUCAAUCACCAUUCCUUGUGUGGCGCCACGCAUGGCCGCACCCUUUUUGCCUAGGGAAGACGGUGAUCGGCCGCCGGUUAUUCCUGAAGGCAUGACGAAUGUGGCACUCAUUGGACAGUUUGUGGAUAUUCCAGAUCAAAUUGUCGGGACUAUGGACUAUUAUGUGAGAGGAGCGCAAAUAGCUGUGCGUCAGUUGAUGGGGUUGGAUCGAGACGCGACUCUCAAGGAUGACUUCUGCAACUAA